GGAGACUGAGCGCCAGAGAGGAAACCGGUAGGAAGGGGAGAUUGAACAAAAGCCUCGGAGCCCCAGCAGAAGGCGUCGGCGUCCCGUGCAGUCGCGCUUUGCACCAAGGUAGCCAUGUCUGCCAAAGCUAUUUCUGAGCAGACCGGGAAGGAGUUCUUGUAUAAAUACAUCUGCACCUCGUCUGCCAUCCAGAACCGCUUCAAAUAUGCCCGGGUAUCACUGGAGACUGAUUGGGACCAUCUGAUCCAAGAUCAUCCCUGGCUUUUGACUGAGCGUCUCGUGGUGAAGCCUGACCAGCUGAUCAAACGACGUGGCAAGCUUGGCCUAGUAGGGGUAAAUCUUGAUUUGGAUCAAGUGAAGGCCUGGCUGAAGCCGCGGCUGGGUCAUGAAACCACAAUUGCCAAAGCAACAGGCAUCCUAAAGAACUUCUUGAUAGAACCUUUCGUUCCACACAAACAGGCAGACGAAUUCUAUGUGUGCAUUUAUGCUGCCCGUGAGGGAGACUAUGUACUGUUCUACCACCAAGGGGGUGUGGAUGUGGGGGACGUGGACGCCAAGGCUCAGAAGCUGCUGGUGGGAGUGGACAACAAGCUCGAUGAGUCAGCUAUCAAGAAGCACCUCUUGGUGCAUGCGCCGCCUGACAAGAGAGAUGUCUUGGCAAGCUUCAUCUCCGGCCUGUUCAACCUCUAUGAAGACUUAUAUUUUACUUAUCUGGAAAUCAAUCCACUAGUCGUAACCGCAGAUGGCGUUUAUGUGCUAGACCUGGCAGCAAAGAUUGAUGCAACAGCUGACUAUAUCUGCAAAGUGAAAUGGGGCGAUGUGGAGUUCCCCCCUCCUUUUGGAAGAGAGGCUUAUCCAGAGGAAGCCUACAUUGCUGACCUAGAUGCCAAGAGUGGAGCCAGUUUGAAGCUGACGAUCUUGAAUCCAAAGGGCAGAAUUUGGACCAUGGUGGCUGGAGGCGGAGCAUCCGUGGUGUACAGUGACACCAUCUGUGACCUUGGUGGGGUGAACGAACUGGCCAACUAUGGUGAAUACUCUGGAGCUCCUAGUGAGCAGCAGACCUACGACUAUGCCAAGACCAUCCUGUCUCUUAUGACCCGGGAAAAACAUCCAGAAGGCAAAAUCCUGAUCAUUGGAGGAAGCAUCGCUAAUUUUACCAAUGUCGCUGCCACGUUUAAGGGGAUUGUUAGAGCUAUUAAGGAUUACCAGGGCCCCCUUAAAGAGCAUGAGGUGCGGAUCUUCGUAAGAAGAGGUGGGCCAAACUACCAGGAAGGCCUGCGUGUCAUGGGGGAAGUAGGAAAAACAACUGGCAUCCCUAUCCACGUCUUCGGCACAGAGACCCACAUGACUGCCAUUGUUGGCAUGGCGCUGGGACACCGGCCCAUCCCCAACCAGCCUCCCACUGCAGCUCACACGGCAAACUUCCUCCUUAAUGCCAGUGGCAGCUCCUCGACUCCAGCACCAAGCAGGACAGCAUCUUUUUCUGAGUGCAAACCCGACGAGCUGGCUCCAGCCAAGAAAGCCAAGCAGGCAGCCCCUUCUGAUGCGUCCACAUCUUCGAGACCUGUUCAAGGUAAAGCUACCACCUUGUUCAGCCGUCACACCAAAGCGAUUGUUUGGGGGAUGCAGACUCGGGCCGUGCAAGGGAUGCUGGACUUUGACUACACCUGCUCCAGAGAUGAGCCUUCUGUAGCUGCCAUGGUCUAUCCAUUCACUGGUGACCACAAACAGAAAUUCUACUGGGGCCACAAAGAGAUUCUUAUCCCUGUCUUCAAGAACAUGGCAGAUGCCAUGAGGAAGCACCCAGAAGUGGACGUGCUGAUCAAUUUUGCAUCCCUUCGCUCAGCAUACGACAGUACCAUGGAAACCAUGAACUACCCGCAGAUCCGUACUGUGGCUAUCAUUGCUGAAGGGAUCCCAGAGGCACUGACCCGCAAAUUGAUCAAGACAGCAGAUGAGAAAGGAGUUACAAUUAUUGGCCCUGCAACGGUAGGUGGGAUCAAGCCGGGCUGUUUUAAGAUUGGAAACACAGGUGGAAUGCUGGACAACAUCUUGGCAUCUAAGCUAUACCGCCCAGGCAGCGUAGCAUACGUUUCUCGUUCAGGAGGAAUGUCCAAUGAGCUCAACAACAUCAUCUCCAGGACCACAGAUGGGGUCUUUGAAGGCGUAGCCAUUGGUGGGGACAGGUAUCCUGGUUCUACUUUCAUGGAUCAUGUUUUACGUUACCAGGACACUCCAGGGGUGAAGAUGAUAGUGGUGCUCGGAGAAAUUGGAGGAACAGAGGAGUACAAGAUCUGCAGAGGGGUUAAAGAAGGCCGGAUCACUAAACCUGUGGUCUGCUGGUGCAUUGGGACCUGCGCUACCAUGUUCUCCUCAGAGGUCCAGUUUGGUCAUGCAGGAGCUUGCGCCAAUCAGGCAUCCGAAACGGCUGUGGCCAAGAACCAAGCACUCAAAGAAGUGGGCGUUUGUGUACCUCGGAGUUUCGAUGAGCUGGGUGAUGUGAUUCAAACUGUGUAUGAAGAUCUCGUUUCCAAGGGUGUGGUUGAGCCAGCCCAGGAGGUGCCUCCCCCUACUGUGCCAAUGGAUUACUCGUGGGCAAGGGAACUUGGUUUGAUCCGGAAACCGGCUUCCUUCAUGACAAGCAUUUGUGAUGAGCGAGGCCAGGAGCUAAUCUAUGCCGGCAUGCCCAUUACUGAGGUCUUCAAAGAAGAGAUGGGAAUUGGUGGUGUCUUGGGACUCUUGUGGUUCCAGAGGAGGUUACCCAAGUAUGCCUGCCAGUUCAUAGAGAUGUGUUUGAUGGUGACGGCUGAUCAUGGGCCUGCAGUUUCGGGAGCCCAUAACACUAUAGUCUGUGCAAGAGCAGGGAAGGACCUGGUCUCCAGUCUCACCUCCGGCCUGCUCACCAUUGGGGAUCGGUUUGGUGGCGCUCUUGAUGCAGCAGCGAAGAUGUUCAGCAAAGCGUUUGACAGCGGCAUCAUUCCAAUGGAGUUUGUGAACAAGAUGAAGAAAGAAGGGAAGCUGAUUAUGGGCAUUGGUCAUAGAGUCAAAUCGAUCAACAACCCAGAUAUGAGAGUUCAAAUCCUCAAGGAUUAUGUGAAGCAGCAUUUUCCUGCAACACCCCUUUUGGACUAUGCACUGGAAGUGGAAAAAAUUACUACUUCCAAGAAACCUAACCUCAUCCUGAAUGUCGAUGGGAUUAUUGGAGUGGCCUUUGUUGAUGCGCUCAGGAACUGUGGCUCCUUUACACGGGAGGAAGCCGAUGAAUAUAUUGACAUUGGUGCACUCAAUGGCAUCUUCGUGCUCGGCAGAAGUAUGGGGUUCAUCGGACAUUACCUAGACCAGAAGAGGUUGAAGCAGGGCCUGUACCGUCACCCAUGGGAUGACAUCUCCUACGUCCUGCCAGAGCACAUGACCAUGUGACAACCCAAGGCAACAAAAUGAGUUGCCUGUACAGAUGAUGAACACUGGCACAGCUUAACAAUAUUGCCAUGACUGAUGUAUGGAAGAGAACAUCAAACUGAAAUCUGUACAAGGCGGCCUCUACAGCCCUAGGGAUCUUAUGAGAAACCAAAACCCCUCGCUAAGUCCUAUUGUAUUUAAUAUGUAAAAGCAGCUGAACUGUGUCUGUCUGCUUUGUGUGAGUGUGUUUAUUUCUCCCCUUCCCCCACUGCUUUUCAGCAGUGUUUUCUGGCCAUGUUUUAAUUUUUUUAAAAAUUAUGAUCUAUGACUUGAAGAACCAGAGAGAGUCCCCGCAUUACAGAAACCUUGAAUGUUUCCUCACAAGAUGUAUAAUUUUGUGAUACAUUUGUCCUUUUUUGACUCCUUUGUGUUAAUCUUCAGUCUGAUUGUGUUUUCUGGUCAGUGGACUUACUGCUGCUUUAAUAAGCCAUUCAGAGUCUGGUGUAGUAAUUUUAAAAUGUAAACUUGUAACAUAGACUUUUGUUUAAAACUGUGAAACUUACAUUUAUUCCUUUAUCUGUAUUUAUGCAGCUGAGAUUUUUACUUACUACAAAACCCUCCACAAACCACAAUUCUGCAAAUUCUGGCCUUUUGAGUAUCUGUGUCUUUGUAAGACCUGUCUUCUCUGGGGCCUGUAACUUAUACCCAGUUUACUUGCUUGCAUCUUAAACUCAUAAUAAUAGUCCUGUUUUAUCUGUCCUCUGUAUCACUGUAACUAGUCUCAAAUAAAUGGUACAACAACCUUA